UCGCCCUCCAAAAAAGACCCAUCAAAACCCUCUCCCAAAACCUCAAUCCCUCCCGCCGUAUCGCGCCCGGAAACACAAUCCGACCUCGCCCACCACCUCCACCGCAUCCAGUCCUCCUCCACCCUAACCCCCUUCCGCAAACAAACCCUCUCUCUCCUCCUCCAAAUCCCGCCCGGCCAAUACAGCACUUACGGCGCCCUCGCCGCCCACAUCUCCGCCACCUCGCACAAGACCUGCGCGCGAGCGGUGGGUUCGAGUAUGCGCAACAACCCUUUCGCGCCGGAGGUUCCGUGCCAUCGCAUCCUGGCGGGAGACGGGAGUUUGGGUGGUUUUGGAGGCGAUUGGGGCGAGGAAGGGAGACAUGCGGGGGAGAAGAGGAGGCUGUUGAGGGAGGAGGGGGUGAGGUUUGAUGAGAAGGGAAAGGUGAAGGGGCCGGUUUUUCGGGAUUUC